CUUUCCUUGUUUCUUGUUGAUGUCACGUAUUCUUCGCGCGGGUGCCGUAGUCUCUCUUUCGUGUCGCCAUCCACGUCGUCAUUAUUCAUCGUAAGCCCACAGGUGUUGCUUCCAGUCAUAGUAGGCGAGGUUUGACACCCGCUUCAUCACUCUCAUUGUUCACCCUGCAACCCAGCCCAACACAACUCAGACUACCUGUUGUCAGGACUUUUCCUCUCGCCGUUAUAAAAUCUACAUAUACCAGGCGAUCUCACCAGCGGUCGUCCCAAUGAUUUCCCUUUCUUUUCUGCUUUCAGGACUCUUUAUUGCAGACAUCUCAGCGGCUGGUCCGUUGAGGCGGCCAUCGCGCAUCGAGCGAGAUGGCCAGCUUGCGCAUGGGAGGCGCUUUGCUAAUACCACAACGGCACCCUUCGAGUUCACACCUGCGCCAUCGUCACUAGUAGUGAUUCCCAUCACUGACAGCUCGUCGACUGAUCCUGUCUUUACCGACUCAACGUCCUCAACAUCAAGCGAUAGUGCUUCAAUUCCCGAUUUCACCUUUUCUCACCAGCAACCUCAACCCACGACAGUGUCAGUACCCACUGUGAUAAUCAUUACGGCAACGACCGAUGGUCUGUCAACCUCUGACAGUGUCGUUCCGACUGUUUCCGGCAUCUUUUCGACGCCAUCCCCGAGUGGCUCUUCUACAUUUUUCACAGGCAGUGAGCCAGGCACUGCAACUUCAGCAUCGACGGAGACGGUUCCCAGCACAGCGACAACGACCGGGCGACCUGUGGUCACGCCGUUCCCUCCAGCUGGCUCAUCGCAAGCCACUUUGUCCUUGCCAGCUGCCACGCUCACCACCUCAAAGUCGCAGCCUGGCGCGGCAUCGUCAAGUCAUUCUACGAUAACGGCCACAAGUCGCGAGUCUGGUUUGUCCUCUGCUGCACCCCAGCCCACCUCAAAAUCUGUCACCUUCAGCUCGUCCUCGGCAACGCGAGACAACACGUCUUCGGCAACAUUCAGUUCUAGCAGCGCAUCCAUCAAUGAGUUACCUACUGUCAUCAGCUCGAUCCCAACGGCGACAGCUACUGUCGGACCUGAUGUGUUUACACAAAAUCUUCAAAGAGCGAAGCAGUACAACGCGCUAUUCAAAGAUCUGACAGCACAAUCAGCGUGCCAGAAUGGACAAGUCGCCUGUGUGAACCUCGCGUUUGCCAGGUGCUCUUCGUCCGGUACUUUUGACAUUACGCGCUGUCCCACAGGAACGGUCUGCUAUGCACUUCCUAUGAACAACACUGCCGGUGUGCAAGUCGGCUGUUCGAAUAAGCAGACCGUGGAACAUGUGCUGGGAAUAGUGGUGCCGGAUCUCCCCCCGACGAGUACAUCCUCGACACCGGUGGCACCAACCCUGCAACCCACGGGAACAAACUCAGUUACGGGCACGACGACAUCGAAACCCGUGUCAUCCAUUGAGCAGCUUCCCCUGCCCACAGCUAGCACAACCAGAUCAGAACCACAAACGAACAUCGCCACUCCCACCAAGAGCACCUCGUCUACCGAUCAGGAUGAAGUGACGACCACUUUGACAGUCACAGUGCAACCCACAACACCCAGUCCGACGGCGACGUUGAUCACCCUAACAACCACCUUGGGACUUACCGUGACCACCACGCCAUCGACUUUUCUGACAUCGACUCGCCCAGCCAGCCCCAGUACACGAACAACCACGGUAUAUCUCAGCACUGAGACGACGAAGACCAGCUCGACGCCGCAGAUCACACCCACGGAGCUGGUGGUGAUUCCUAUCGAGACGGCUGACGCAACCCCCGCAACUCUGUCCCCGCCCCCCAUUGUUCGUCCUGGGCAGAACCAGGGUGAUGGCGGUGCUGGAGACCACCCGCCUGCCCCGGCCCCUGUGACUGUCACAGUUACACAAGACCACUAUUUCACCGUCACGACUACAGCAACGAACGUGAUGACCACGACCGCCACCGUUACACCUUAGCCAAAGGGAUGAAUACAGUUUUCUCAGAGGGGGUUAUCGGUCGUCUUGUUCGUAGGGCACAAUCUGUAUAGAAUGUUUAUAACAUAACAAUUGCCUCUGAGGACCUGUCAUGAAGAACACCUGUCAAGGGGUCACAGACAUUGCCAGAACAGCAUAUAAAAGUCCAAAAGUAUAAAAAUCGAUAAAUUGUUUCACUGUUGCGUGGUCA